GUGACGCAACUGCGGGUCAGAGGCAGCAGCAAAAUGGCGGCUCCGGAGGAGCGGGAGCUGUCGGCGGAACAGACCGAGAAGCUGCUCCAGUUCCAGGUGCUGGACGCGGGCGCGGCCGGUGAAGGGGGCCGCGGCGGGCUGAGCCAGGCCGGCCGCCUGGGCGGGAGGCUGGGCUCCCUCUCCGCCCUCGCGUGGGUUCCCGGCGCGCCGGGCGGCCAAGAGGAGCGGGCGGCGCCGGGGGUUGGGGGGCGGAGGAGAGCAGGCUGGCCGGCCUGAGGUUUCUGCUGGGCGGGGGGCGGCGGGGCCAGAGAGCGGGGCGCGGAGGGGGCGCUCGGCGGAAGCGGCCACGGCCUCGGCCUGACCAUCGGUGGCCUGAUGGCUGCCAGCCUAGGGAGGCCGCCGCCUGGACCUGCCUCCCACCCCCCUGCAACGCGGGUAUGGCCGUGGGGUGGGAACCAGCAACGUAUAGUCCGUGGGGUCGCCCUGUGAGCAGUUAAGCUUGCUUCGCUGUUUUGUGCUCUUCCGCAUCGUACCAUUUAAAUAAAUAACCACCGGCAAAUAUUAUGCGUUGUGAUGGUUAAGAGCAACAAACAGGAAAUGAGUCAGUACACCUGUAUGGGGGAGGGACAUCCCGGUUGCUAAGCUGGUUAUUAAAAAGGAGCUUCCCUCCCCCCCCCCCGCUUUUUUAUUUUUAAAGGUUGCUCUACUGAGAGGCGAGGAGAAUCCCAAUUACAAGCUCCUAUAGCGCCCAGUCGAGCAUAUUUUAUUGGAAAUAAAUUCCACCGAGUCCAGUGGUCUCCACUGCCAAGUAUGAGUGCAUAAGAUUCUGCCCUAUCUUAAGAACACUGAGCAACAUUUGCAAUUCUUUGUAAUUGUUUUUAAAAGAGAUUGUUUCCUCCCUCUCCCUGCACUUUAGUAUUCCAUAGAGAGCCUUAAACUGUCUUGCACCACUUGGCAUAAACAAUUGAGAGAGUAUAUUUUGGACUUUCCUAAAAGUAGAAAGCACUAUGUUGGGGAUUCAUUCCCAUGAUGGCUUAUAACUUAAAAUGUGGUAUUUCUUCACACAAGUGGCCUUCUGUUUAGCCAGGGUUGAAUGCUUUAAUUGCCAUUUUGCUCUUUUUAAGUCAUGGGCAAGACUGCCUCCCGCACCUUUCAGUUUCUAUUAACAUUAUAACCUUCCAUACAUGACUGUAGUGGAGAAUGCUAGUACUGCUCUGACAUUUUUAGCAUGGUUGCAACUUUUAAUUCUCUCACUGCUGAAAGAAGUGGGAGGUUCCAGUAAGAAUUAUUGACGGUGAGUUGAGCAUUUCAUAAAAAAUCCACACACUGUUGUAGGGGAGCUGGAUGGAGAUUGGGCUGAGGAAGAACAGCAACUACUCUGUCUCCCCUCCCCCAAAGCUCCAAUUUUCUCUUGUUAUACCUAUAUUUGACAUUUCUUUGUCAGGGGUCUUAGUCAAUUCUUGUCUUCUGGAGGAGGGUGGGUUUUUUUGUUUUUGCCUUUUGGGAGAGCACAUUGGGGUGAAAGCACUCCCUUUAUUGUUUUGAAUAAUCACAAUAUAUUAACAAAUCAAAAUGUAAUGUUCACUAUUUCUUAAAUGUACUAACUGCAAGUCUAAAAUACCUAUCCCACACACAGCAGUACUCUUCAAACACCCCUCAUUCUUCUAAGUUUCCAAUCCUUCUUUUCUCUUUGCUUCUAAAGCUGCUAAAUUACCUUAGUUGUACUACUUUGAAGAGAUUAUUCAGUUUAAGCCAUAUUCGGGCAUUUGAUAAAUGCCACAUACCGUAUUUUUUGCACCAUAACACUCACUUUUUUCCUCCUAGAAAGUAAGGGGAAAUGUCUGUGUGUGUUAUGGAGGAAAUGCCUACGGGUGGCAUGCCUACGGAUUUUCCUCCUCUAAAAACUACGUGCGUGUUAUGGUUGGGUGCGUGUUAUAGAACGAAAAAUACGGUACUUUGCAGUGUGUGUUUGUUGCAUUUUGAAAUGCCAGUUGGUAGGUGGCGGCACUUAGAGCCAUAGUUGCCUUUGACUGGACUUAAUGGUCCAGGUGUCCUUUACCUUACCUUAUCUUUACCUCACCAUUGAUGUGAGGCAGACACCACUGUACUUCACUUUUUUGAGCAAAAAAAGUGAGGCAGUUUGGGGUGGAGGGAUAUAGUACUGUACCAGUUGCUCUUGUGGCUCUGUUCGUGCUUGUCUGAAAUAAAGAGAUGGAGGGAGAACUGAAAAUAUUGCUUUUAUAUUACCACUCACUCGGCCCAGAAAAAAAUGAUACUAUGACAUUAUAAUAGGAAAUGUAUAAUAGGCAAGUAGGUGCAAUUUGUUGUUCAGCUGCUCACCUAGAACAAAUGCUGAGCAGGUGACUCUGCUGCUGAUCUGGUGUAUAUUGAAACUAUCUACAUACAUUUGAAAUGAUGGGAAUUUCGAAAAUAUAUGGUUUUGUUAAGACUUCUUUUAGAAACAUAAAUUGGCUAUAAUGGGGAGAAGAAAGUGACCAUAUAUGCAUUUAGUCUAAAGUAAUGCAUUUCCAGACCUUCAAAAAUAUUUUACAACAGGGGUGGUGAACCUUGAGCCCAGGAGAUAAAUGUGGCCUCUCUAUCUGACUUCUAGGCCUGCCUAGGCCACACUCCACACUGGCUCUGCUCCCUCAAGUGCUUUUGUCUGGCUAGAAUGUGUCCUAAGAAUGUCUCUUGGUUGCCCAGAUGGAGGUGUGUAGAAACUUCAGACUUUUUACUUGACUGGAAUGUAGCCUGUUGUACAAAGAUAAGAUUCACAUCUGCUGCCCUGCAGACGUUUGUUCUGGGCCCUGCAUGUCACUGGCAUGCAACCUCUGGAAAGCUGCCCCUGAGGGAGUCUGGCCCUUGGGCUGAGAAGAUUCUCCACCCCGUAUUACAGAGUCUGCAUAUCACUGUUAUAAGGUUCAGUUUCAUGCAUAGGUACAGUGUUCCAGAUAAAUGGAAUUUCAUUUUCUCUGUACAUCCUAUGUAGAUGCUGUUCUUGCCUCUGUGUAUUUUCCUCAUUGUUUAGAAUGGAAGUGGUCAGCUCUGAACCAAACAAGUGUCGGAUGGUGACUUGAAAAAUAUGUAAAACAAUACUUAAUUAGCUACUAUUAAUGUAGAAAUUUGGGGAGAACGCUGAGAGGUUUAUUUUUUCUUGAAUUUUAUUUGAAUUAAAGGGCUGACAACAUUUUCUGUCAAGUCCGGUGUCCCACAAUGUGGGUGGAGGGAAUGAGGCCCACAUCUGUGCCUUUCAAAGUGAAAGUACAGACUGGGUCAGCUGUUGGCUAGUCUGAUCUGUACCUUCAAAGGUAUCCUUCAGUCAGGAGACUGUCCAGCACUAGAUUGCCUCCUACCUAUGGAGGUGUUGAUUGGACUGGCUGACAGCUAGCCAUGUAUGUAUGGUCUGUAGGUUCACCACAAAAUUAAAGGAUUUGGUGCCCAUGGUAAUAAGUGCUGUUACUAAUAACUGAGAAUUAAAACUUGGAACUUUGUUGACAAUACCAUUGUAUAUCCCGUCUAUAACUUAAAGUGAACCUGCAGCUGGUAUCCAGAAAAACAACUUCCUUAAAUUAACUGAGAAACUUUACCAAAUUGUAUCUGUCAUCUAUAUCAUGUUCAGUCUUUGAUUGCUGCACUUGUACAAGAACAAAUUCUCAGCCUGGCAAAGGCUUUUGUUCUGUUAGUCAGGUGCUCCUCACCUUGGAAACAUAAUUCUCUGGAAUUUGGCAAUGGUUUGGGAGUUAACAGCAGAGCUAGUUACAGGCUUCUUGGAAAUGUUUCACUUGUAUGGCAUAGAGCAAAACCAGACGUGAUGUUAAAUGUAUGAAUGCAUUUAGCAUGUGCAAGUUUUUACUAAACACCAAUUGCAAGCCUGGUCAGGUUUGGGUCCAUGGCAUAUGGGGAAGGUAGGGGAACACGGACUUGUGGGAUUUUCUGUCUCUAAUGCUAAAAUAACUUGACUGAUCUUCGCUUUGUCCUGAACCACAUUGGAUCAGGUAGUUCAGUGCCACUAGCUGCUUGUGUGUCUACUGUGGGUCCACCCUCCUUUCUGCUUGGCUCAGUGGGUCUCUCUAAGCACCUUCUGAAUUGCACCUCAAAGCAGUAAAUACUCUAGUGUUAGAAAUAUACAUACAAUAGUAUUUGUUCAUCUUCUUUAUUAGUAAAAUCAUUUGUUGGACAUUUAACCUGAAAAACCCUUCAGAAUGAAUGGUACAGUUGACCACAAGGGGCAUAUUCUACUGCGAUGUUAGAACAUUUUCAUUUACUGCAAAACUAAAAUGAACAAAAAGCAUUAUUUCAAGCAAUUAAAAUACCUUUUUUCUGUCCUUUGAAAAUAGCUGGUGAUAUGCCAGUUAUUUUCCAUGGCUGCUGUAAAGGGGAUCCUGCUGUAUGUAUGCAAGAGGCCCUUCAAGUCACCGGUGGAUAGGCAAAAUUGACGACUGGAAUCUCAGAUGAGAAUGCACCCAUCAGAUUUAGUGAUCUGAUCUUAUAGCCAUCUUUAAGCCAUGGAAUAUAUUUGCAGGAGUUAGCUGAUACAGAAUUGUUUUGCAUUGCAUUUUUACAAACAGUAGUGUGGGGAAAGUUCCAGUGCUUCAUAAAUGUUGUGCAGUUCCAUGGUUAUAACACUGAAGAGGGCUUCUGGUUCCACUCUGCCUUAAUAGAGGCAGCCCCCAUGACAGUGGGAGAUCAUAGGCAAAGGAAAAACAAGGAUGAUUGAGGGUAAAUCAUCCUUGCAAAUUCCCCCCAGAAUUUGUCUUGGUACCUGGCUCUCACUCUGGCAUGGAAUGUGGGAGGUGCAAAAACGCUUUGUCUGCUGAAAACUCUCCAAUGCCGCCAUUACGAAACAGAGGUUCUCCUGUUAAUUAGAGCUUAAUUGGACUAAAGUACAGGCACGUGCUAGAAGAGAGGAGAUCACAAACUGCAGAACAAAUCAACUGCAAGGACUUUAAGGUUUGAAUUUGAGAUAAGACUUCAUCUGAUGCAAAAGACGGUGGGUGGGGAGCCUAAGGUUUCUUUAUUUAAAGUUUUCUUCUCUACAGUUACGAUUCAGCAACCUUCCCCUGAAUGUUGGUUCAAAUUAUAUUUGUACAAGUGAUGAUGGAAGAAAUUAGGUUAUAAAUAUGGUAUAUAACAUCAAAUGGAACUGCGUGUAAAAAAAAGGAAAAAAGGAGGGAAGCUCUAUUUUGCAACAAGUUUAUGAUAGAAACUUAGAGCUGACUCUUCCCCAUUCUUUAUUAUCUAUGAAGUGAACUGAAUAACGCUAAGAGGACUUGGAAUUUAAUUUAAUUGGAAGGAUAACUGGCCAUAUAUCUUCAGCUGGAAGAAGGAUGAAAGGAGUUUGGGAGCUGCCAAGGAACUGAUAAGGUUCUUUAUUGAGUCAUCUGCAGUUUGACAGACCACUCUUCUUCCCAGGCUGAGAGGAAAAAUGGUGAAAAUAGUUUAUUUACUGGGACAGAGCAACUUUUGCAGCUGUUGUUAAAGUUCUCAGUGCAAAACAAUGAAGCAUGGGACAGAGUGGUGGAGAAAUUUCUGGAACAACAGCUCCGCCCUAGGCAUGAUGUAUUACAGCAACAAAUGGGGUGGGGUGGGGGAGAUAUAACAUCUUACAAGGACAGGAAGAAAUGCUACAGACAGAAUAAUUGCCACACACGGGAAGAACAAGGAUAUAGUUUGAGUUCCUCACUUGAAGCUUUAUAAAUCAUUUAAUGUGUCAACACGAAUAGAAGUUAUUAAUAUUGCAGUUGUUGUAUAAGGGAUUAUUAUUAUUAUUAUUAUGACCGGAAUGUAAUUGAAACUAGUUAGACUUUAGAACGCAGAAUUAAAGAAAAUCAUCAAAUCUAGCAUGCAGGGGGGCCACUUUAAAUAAAUUAUAUGAUUCUGUAUUUGCAUGAUUGGUAUUAAUAAUUGUAUUAUAAAUUGGUAUUGUUAUAAUGAGGCUAUUAUUGGACUGUAAUUUAAAACUAAUAAAAAUAUUAUUUUAAAAAAACACUGAAGAGAACAGCAUUAGCAGUUAGUUUUGUGCCUGUUUUUCAUUCUGACCUUGAGUAAAGUAGUUACAGAUAACUGUGAAAAAUGUUAUACACACAGACACAUUAGUACAAAAGCUGAGAUUCUCAGAAUGCCAAAUUCGGCAGAAGAUAUACCAGGUUUGACACUUGCAUGGCAAUCCAGUAGACAUGGAAACAUGUAGGCUGUUGUCCCCAUCUGUUGUAAUGGUGGCUCUGAGGAAGAAAGCUUACAAGACACGACAACUGCAUUAUGUUACACCUAUAGGGAGAAAAGGGGGUUUUGAAGAGGGAUUCUUGCUAAAUUGUGUAUAGUUUGAAAUGCCCAACCCCCCUAUUGAGACCUGUAUGAAAACACUGUUGUGUAGAGUUUGUUUUGUCACAUAAAGCUGCUACAGUCCUUUACAUACUUUUAAACAGAGAAAAUUCUGGCAUCCAAUUUUACUGCAUAUUGCAGCAGUUCUAGCUGUAUGGGAGUGCAAAUGAGCUUUUGAACUUUGUAGAUUGGUAAGCAGCAGUACCAUUUUAAGCACACUGAAAAGGUCAACUGUCAGUCUAGAAAUGUGAAGAAGCAGUAGGUGCACAUGCCCAUUCAGGAAUAUGUUUCAGAAAGGCAUCUAAAUUAGUUGAAUUUUUAGGGAAUGAGCAUUGUAAAUCCUGUUCCGAGGCUUAUUUGUGAGACUUGCUCUGUCAGUGUUGUGAGAGGAAGAAUUACGCUCUUCUAAGUAUUAUGCUGCUAACUAGGAAUGUUAUAAGAAAUUAUCUCUGAAGAACUAAUUAGGCAAUAAUUCACUGCUUUGCAGAGCAAAGCUUGUUACCUCACAUGUCCAGCACAAUUGAAGGUUGAGCAAAGAUGAAACAAGACCAGGAAUACCAGCCUAACUAGCUGAGUGGAAUGCUACAGCCUGAGGGCUUCUGUUGAAUUAUUUCUGUGUGCCUGCAUGCAUUCUGUUAGUGCAGUGUGGCAUUACAUAUAGUGGCAAUAUAUCCUUGGUUGAAAGCAUACCUACUGUUAUUCUGAUGAUAAAUGUAGGAACUCACGUCUGUAAAGAGCAGAUUGGAGAUGAAUCACAAUUUGGACAGAGAAUACUAAUAAAUUAAAAGCUCAAAAUAAACUGGAAAAAGAAGUGCUAAUGAAAAGCAGUAAAGUGUUUAAUCACAGGGCUGUAACUCUAGUAGGACUGGUCUUUAGAAAUAAGAGUUCAGAGAGGUGAAGGCGAAAUCAGAAUAAUUUUAUUCUAUUGAUUGAUUGCACUUAUAUCCCACCUUUAUCUCCAAUGAGCUUGAGGUGGUGUACAUGGCUCUCCCCUCCAUUAUUUCAUCCCCGCAACAACCCGGUGAGGUAGUUUAGGCUGAGAGGCAGUGACUAGCUCAGGGUCACCCAAUGAGCUUGUGACCGAGUCGGAAUUUGAAUCCUGGUUUCUCAGGUUCUAGUGUGACCAGCUGUCUUGUGGAAAGAGAAUCUCAAGACUCACAAAGUUUGAUGUUUGCUCCUUUUGUGAGGCAGUUUGUUUACAAAUGCCUUGUUGAAUUCUGAUUUCCGAACGGAAGUGGCUAAAAUGAGAAACAAAAUAAAAUUUGAUUUGAGGACUGUAUUGUUUAUUGUUUUGACUUAAGUUCUCCCACCCCAUUUCUUGCCCCCAGGACCUGACUGGCAUAGAGUCCAUGGACCAGUGCCGUCAUACACUGGAACAACACAACUGGAACAUAGAGGUACUGUCUCACUUGGGGCUUGCUUGCUUGUUGCACUUGUUGCUUACCAACAGUAGAUGGUAUCCAGUGCUUUUUCUCCUCUGACAAAAGGCUCUUUGAUCCAAUAUGCUUCUGUGGCACCUCCCACUAUCCUGCUGGAGCAGGGGUGUGGGUGGCUGUGGAAGGUGGAUAUACAAAAGUUCCUUCCCCAUUCAACUAAUGGAAGCCUCUGGUCCAGUAUAGAUUUCCAAAGACAUUAGAGCCUAAUGUCAUUGGGGUGGGGUGAAUACACCCCACCAUUGGAUACAGCCCAAUGACUAUGUGCCUUUGAAGUCAGGCCAAAGUCAGAGCCACCCCUGAAAAGACACCUUCUUUUGUUACCAUCCUCUGCACCACCCUUGCAGAGGGCACACAAAGAAGGACCUUGGAUGAACAAUGGGGAUCCAGAUUCUGCACACACAAAAACCUGCAGCCUCUAGUGAUAUUGAUUAUACAAAAUUAGCAUUUUCCCUAAUUUGAAUAAAUCCGUAUUUUUAUUUUUAUUUUUUGCUCUGUGGAAUUCUGAUGACCAGGGGACAACGCAAAGAGCUCAGCAAAGCUGUAUUCUUGACUACAGUAUUAAAUAUCUUAGUUAUCCUUUUAUUUUUUGUCUAUAUACUUUCUAAAAGAAUUUUCUGUGUGAUAGGUAAAAUAUGCUAACCAGUCCUUGUUACGCCCUUUAUAGGCAGCUGUUCAGGACCGAUUGAAUGAGCAAGAGGGUGUCCCAAGUGUCUUCAAUCCACCACCUUCUAGACCGCUACAGGUCAACACUGCUGACCACAGGAUCUACAGCUAUGUUGUUUCAAGGCCGCAACCAAGGGCAAGUUCUAUAACUGAGAUUAGCUUAACCAGGGAAGCAUUUGUUCUCUGUGGUCAGUUCUAUGAAACAAUAAAGCACCUACAGUGGUACCUCUGGAUGCAAACGGGAUCCGUUCCGGAGCCUUGUUCACAUCCUGAGCAGAACACAACCCGCAUCUGCGCGUACGCGGGUUGCGAUUCGCCACUUCUGCGCAUGAGCGUGAUGUCAUUUUGAGCACAUGCGCGAGCGGCGAAACCCAGAAGUAACCCGUUCCGUUACUUCCGGGUCACCGUGGAACGCAACCUGAAAACACUCAACCUGAAGUAUCUUUAACCCGAGGUAUGACUGUACAAGGAAAAUACUUUUCUGCAGGUUUAGAACACAGGUGUUACCUUGAAUGGGGACUUAUUUUCUAUAAGAGACUGUAUGGUUACUUUUGUUGUCCUGUUGUAAAAACGAAAAGCAGAACAGCAAAGGAAAAUGAUACUUAAAAGCCAAACAUUUGGUAAUUAUUUCAAUAUGCCUCAAGCUGGGAUGGGAGGUGGGGGAAAGGAAUAGAAAAACACUUAUUGCUGAUGAGAACCAACAUCUAGGAAUUGUAUCUCUGAGGUUAAAUAGCAAGACAUCAGUUUCCAAAUGUGUGCUAAAAUAUUUCAUUAACAUAGCUGCUUCAAGAUAAAAUAAAUUUAAGCUGGUACAGUGUUACCUCGGUUUACAAAUUUAAUCCGUUCCUGAACUCUGUUCUUAAACCAAAUCCGUUCUUAAAUCGAGGUGCGCUUUCCCUAAUGAGGCCUCCCGCCACCGGUGCCCUUCCACCGUUCGGCUUUUGUUCCUAGACCAAGGUAAAGUUCGCAAACCGGAACACUACUUCUGGUUUUGUGGAGUUCAUAAAUCGAAUAGUUCAUUAACAGAGCUGUUCGUAAACCGAGGUACCACUGUACUUCAAAGGAAUGACGUGGUAAGGAUCUAACUCUCUCUUUGUCAUUUCAGGGCUUGUUAGGUUGGGGUUACUAUUUGAUAAUGCUUCCAUUCCGAUUUACAUAUUACACAUUACUUGAUAUAUUUAGGUAAGUGCACACUUGUUUAUGUUUGCAUAUUGAGUUUGCAUGUUGAGUUUAUUGCUUUAUUCUGAAGUUUGCCGCUACUCCUUAGUUAAGGUAAUAUUCUAUGGCAGAUGUGGGCAGGAGGCUAGAAACUGGUUUACUUGUAGAUUAGUGCCCAAUUUCUGAAGGCCCACUUUGUAGUUCUCAGGCAUUGAUUAGGUCAUUUAUUUGUUUCUAGACAUUAGAUGAUUGCAAAACAAAGUUUAGCAAUAUAAAAUAAAGACAAGUUAGCACUGGAAAUCUUGCAAACUUGCUGGGUUCUGGAAAUCUUGGUAUGGUCUAACAAUGUUUUUAAACAAAGGUGUUUACUUGGAAUAUCACAACAAUUGUGGCAUGGUUGGUUUUUGUUAAGAAAUCUUUAAUAUGGGUUUUUGUGUUGUAAAUACGGGUGAUAGAAACAUAGAUAACUAAACAAAUGUAAAACUGAAAUCAUCCCACUCGUGUUCUGAAGGUGCUAGAAUAACCAGUAGCUGAUAUUUCAAUUUUAUACUCUUUCCUAGGUUUGCUUUGCGUUUCAUACGCCCUGAUCCUCGUAGUCGGGUCACUGACCCUGUUGGUGAUAUUGUUUCAUUUAUUCAUAUGUUUGAAGAAAAAUUUGGAAGAAUACAUCCUGUUUUCUACCAGGGAACAUACAGUCAGGUUGGUACAAGAGAUGUCAAAGAGUUGUCCUGUCUUGAAGUGGAGAUUCUUGGAAGAGUAAUCUUGAGUUAUCCCUUGAGGCAAAAUGUUGUAGACAUGUGUUGUAGGUAAUAUAAAAUAGUAACCUGAGAUAUUUAAUUGGAAGUUACGUUUUGUUAACUGUUGCCUAUGUUACAAUGUAUUGGAAAUAGAAUCACCCUGCUAAUACAGUAACUUCAGUUUUUCAAUGCGUGGUUCUAGUAGUGCUAAUAAUAGAACAGUCUGCCUUGGGUGAAGACCAUAUCAAAGACUCACUACUUGGUCUAGCACAGCCACAGUGCUCCUUAUCCAAGGAGGAAGGUUUGCUGUGCAUGAUUUGGCAAAAAAAUUAGCACAGUUAUAGUCUUUGUGUACAUGUUAUGAUCUGAUGACCUGACACUACUUUUUUCACUUGAGCACAGUGUCAAAUUGUCCAGAUUUCAUCUAUCUAAAACAUCCUUAUGUUUCUUCUCUCAAGGCACUGAAUGAUGCAAAGAGGGAGCUACGCUUCCUCCUUGUUUACCUUCAUGGUGAUGACCAUCAAGACACUGAUGAAUUCUGUCGGUAGGUUACUUCAGAUUUUUUUUAUUAUAAAUGGUGGUGUGAGUUCUGGGUGCAGUUUCAAGUGCGUUAAUCUUGUAUCCUCUCCAAACAGCAACACCCUUUGUGCACCUGAAGUGAUCACCCUCAUAAAUACAAGGAUGCUUUUCUGGGCUUGUUCCACAAAUAAACCAGAAGGAUAUAGAGGUACGUGUUUUGAUUACAACUCUGCCUUAACGUAACAUUUUAUAAACACUUGCAGCCCAGUCCUAAGCAUGUUUACUUAGAGUUACGGCCCGCUCUAAUCAGUGGUGCUUCCUCUAGAGUAAGUAUGCAUUGGAUUGCAGCCUUGAACUGUAAUCGUAUAUGAUGAAAAGAAAUGCUUUUGAACUGGUGGGAUAUAGUCAAGCAAAGGUGUUUAGGAUCAGGCUGUCAAAAUAAGCUGUUGUGUCUGUUUUGUAUUUUAUUUUGCCCCCUUUUACUAUAUGGGAAACAAACCAUCUACAUGAAACAGCUAGUCAUCAAUAUGCUGGAGCCACCCAACUCUACAGUGCUCACAUGUGAGUUGCAUGUCACUCACAUGUUGAAACAGGAGCAGGGCCACAUUGUUGGAUCUGCCACCAAAGUUGCAUUCCUAGACUAUCAACAUCUUCAAUGUCUGUACAGAGAGUGGAGAAGGAGCCCUUGCGUCAUAAAAGAUGGAAGUGCUGUUGCUCAUUAGGAAAUGAGUGUUGAUUAUGGAAUAGAAGUACAGCCCGUCUGAGGCACUCCCAUUGAAGAAUUGGAUUUGUGGCCUGGGUGUGGUGCUGGAUGCUCAGGUGGCAGUUGUGGCCAGGAAUGCUUUAAGUGGAUUAGCCUGGUGUUGCAGCUAUGCUUGUUUUGGAGAAAGCUGAUCUGGCUACUUCACACACAGGAUUUAGUCAUAGGGAGUUUGGAUUACUCCAGCAUACUACACUUGGAGCUGCCUUUGCCGAGUGCUGAGAAACAACAGCAGAAUGCUUUAGUGCAUAGUGUUAACUGAGGCAAGUGACUGAAGCCAUGGAGCUCCACUGCGUUGGCUGCUAGUUUGUUUUCAACUCCAUUUCAAAGUGCUGGUUGCUACUUUUUAAAGUCAUGUGGAUCUUUCCUGGUCACUUGAAUCUGGGUUGGCCUUGCUCUGUGUACCUAUACUGACUGAAGUAUUGCUGGUUGAAAGGGACACAGGGCUUCCUUUGUCAGGGCACCCAGACUCUGGAAAUCCCUGUCUUGGGCGACUUGUAUGACACUUUGAUGAUAUUACAACAUUGAUAAUAACCAGAAUGUUUUGAAUUAUAACUGAAUUGUUUCCCUUCUAAAACGCUGAUGUGUUUAUUUUUGUACUGAUUUUAAUUAUUCCAUUAUAUAUUCCUGCAUUGCAGGGAGCUCUAGUUGGCAGUACCCAUGUGAAACCAGUACUAGUGGGGCUUGCAUUUGGCAUCAAAUUUAAAAGGUGCAGAUACAAGCUCCACAUGCCAAGCAACCAGAAAUGCAUUUUAAGCCUCAGGAUUCUUCCUUUGCACCCACAUCUGCUUCCCGGUGCCAUAUAUAUGUAAUCGGGUAUGGGACAGGUGGGCAUGCCUUGAAGAAAAUGGCCUCAUAUGCCAAAUUAGGACCCCUACUAGCCCCGAUUGGGCCUGUAAGCUGGAGGUUCCCUGCUGCUGUUACAUUAACUUUGUGUCUUAGUUUAAUGAGAAACUGGACAGAUAACAUGCCAUAGUGUGUGGAGGUUCAUGGGCAGAAAACUGUUGAAUUCUAAUUAUUCAGUCUGAUUUCCCCAAUUUCUCAUUGAGAUGACUCCCUCCUCCCUGCUUGUGAAUGCGUUUUCAUUUACUAAAGUCAGAACUAUUGAGACCAUUGCCUUAAGGUUCUGAAGGCUGCCCUGAAUUAUGAUCACUUUCUAUGAUAUUUUCUCUAGUUCCUCCUUCCUGAAUUUUGAAAAGGGGUUUCCUUUUGUCUGAUGCUGCUGACCAUAACAUAGGUUUUCUGGGAAGGUUGUGUAUAUGCCUUUGAUACCAGAUCUCCAGUGUGAAUUUGCUGUUGGACUAGAACCCCAAAUGUCGAGAACUGAAGGCCACUUCCUCUUAAAAGUGUAGAAGAACUGUAGAAGCUGAAAGUUGGAAUAGUCUUCAUGUUGCAUUAGGGAGAGGACUACAGCUCAGUGGCAGAGCACAUGAUUUCCCUCUGGAAGGUCCCAAGUUGAAUCCCUGAUGCCUGGAGAUACAAAGAUCUAUGAUAGCAGGGCUUAGAAAGACAAUUCACAAAACUAUAGAAUGUCACUUUCAGAGUAGACAAUAGUGGGCUAGAUAAAUAGUAUGACGGAGUUUAAUGCAGCUUCAUCUCUUUGUAAAUGCCCUAUAUGGCAAGAUUGCAAAUGCUGACCAUAUUGUAUGCAUUUGUCUUAGUGUCACAGGCUUUGCGUGAGAAUACCUACCCAUUCCUGGCAAUGAUCAUGCUGAAAGAUCGUAGAAUGACCGUAGUUGGGAGGUUAGAAGGACUCAUCCAACCUGAUGACCUCAUUAACCAGCUGACAUUCAUCAUGGAUGCCAACCAGACAUACUUGGUAUCUGAGCGCCUGGAAAGGUACUAGGUCAAAAACAAGAGAUGCCAUCUCCACUCUCCACCUUACAGUACUUAAUUAAAUCUACGAUUACCUUUUCUGUGGGAAAACUACCAACUGCUCAACCUGACUUAAUUAUCUGGGCAUAGAGUAAAAGAGAAGAAAAAUAUAUAUCCUGUAAAUUGCAGCUAUCUGUUUAAUUAUAUGACUCGGGUUCAUAUAUGUUGCUGGCAGAUUGCUAAUGUAGGCUAUAACAGAUUGAGAGAGAUUGCAGGCUUUCAACAAUAGUGUGUUAGUGUUGGAUGGGAAGAGAUUGCCUCUAGUUCUUAACUCUAGUUGGCAUACUGCUGAUUUCUGACACCAGGUUGCUUUGUCACUAAGAAGAAGUGGACUGCUGAUGCUGUUCACAGGGAGAGAAGGCUGUCUUCUUUGAGAUACUAGCCAUGGGGUAUUUUUUCCAGAUUCUUGCUUGCGUGUCAAAGCACCUUAAGAUUCAGUCAGCAUGGGCAAGGGCCCAGUAGAGGUCCACAAGUGGAGGCACUUGCUGCUCUUUGCUGCUGCCCACCUACUUACUCCACUGAGCCAGCAAAUGGAACAGGAGGAGCACAAGCUGUUUGAGGGAGAGGGCAAGCAGGAAACUGGUAGAAGCUGCUGCUACUACUUGGUAUCAAGAAGGAAAAGGAGCAGCAGCAGCUGCUGUUCCCACAUGCAAAUAAGAAAAUGCUGCUAUGCCUAGUCAUAAUGCAGAACCAUUGGGACAACCCUCCUAGUUAGAAAUACAUCUUUCCCCUAGUAAAAAUCUGAAAUUUCUUCAGGUGUUGUUGUAGCAGUUCUUGUCAGGUUGGCACUAAUACAUUUCCCCUUUUAUCUUAGAGAAGAGAGAAACCAAACUCAGGUCCUUAGACAACAACAAGAUGAGGCAUAUCUGGCUUCAUUACGGGCUGAUCAGGAGAAAGACCGCAAGAAAAAGGAAGAGCGGGAAAAGAAGAAGAGGAAGGAGGAGGAGGUGCAGCAGCAGAAGCUAGCAGAGGAGAGACGGCGGCGGGUGAGAAUUGAAUGUGUCAAUAGCAGUGAAUCACAGGUCUCAGGUGCAAUUUUCAUAAUAAGAAUAGAUGCCUCAGCUACAAAUGCAGGUGGGAAUGACUGGCUCUUGUAGAUGGCCUUAUAUUACUGCAAAUUUAGUACUGGCACUUUGGAAAUGGGAGCAGUUACUAGUUUGUGGAAGACCACUCCUAGUUGGUUAGUCUGCAUUUCAUAGUACAGUAUGAGCCAGGAUUCAGAUCCUGUAAAUUAAUCCAUUAAAAUUCUGAUCAGUGAACAGUAGUUUAUUUUAGAGAAUUCAGAUCAUGUCGCACAUGAUGUUUCUCUCUCUCUCCCCACCCCCAUUAAUACAGUUUAUUUAUACACUGGUACCUCGAGUUACAAAUGCUUCAGGUUACAAACUCCGCUAACCUGGAAGAGUUGCCUUGAGAACUUUGCCCCAGGAUGAGAACAAAAAUUGUGUGCCAGCGGCAGCAAGAGGCCCCAUUAGCGAAAGCAUGCCUCUAGUUAAGAACAGUUUCAGGUUAAGAACGGACCUCUGGAAUGAAUUAAGUUUGUAACUAGAAGUACCACUGUAUUUAUUUACAAGUAGCACGGCUACUUGCAGAAUAAAGCAACAAUGUUUAGUUGCCAGAUCCAUUUACUAGUUUCCAUUCUCUUGAUGGUUAUAAUUCAGAUCACUUUUUCGUGUGCCUGCAUUAGAGUAUGAGAUUUCAAGUAAGUCUUCCUCUUCUAGAAGUUUCCCGUUAACACAUAUUGUUCUAUUUGAAAGAAAUUAUUUUAGAAUACAUGCAAAAACAAAUGUUUUAAUAGGAAUAAACUUUGUGUAGAAUUAUCAGUUGAAGCUCAUUACAGGCACCAUUGGGUGGGAGGAUGCCCUAAAUUCGUAUUUUCAUAAUAGGCUUUCCAUCGUCCCAGGAUGCAGUUCUUCACAAUUCCCUUCCUUUGGACCAAGGCACCAGAAACAACUGUACAUACUACACAUUCUGCUGGAAGACUGAUAAAGCUUUGGGUAUAGCCUAGUUAGUCCCAACAGAAAGCUUAGCAAGAGUUCCAAUGAGUGGUGAUUUCUUGAGUGAACGUUUUGACUCCAAAUGAAUGCAGUAACUGGCUGGGUUAUUCCUACUGAUGAACACUCCACACCUUCAUGCAAACCUUAUAGGUUUGCACGAAGGAGCCUUCUCUUGCCAGAAUUCUACAUAUUGGAAUAUGACUUGGCAAUCUAAUUUUGAGGCCCAUUUGAAAUGAGGCGACAGUAACUAUUGAUAUGCUUAGUUCCAUUGACUGCUGCUGUGCUGAUCUAGUGGCUACAGCUUUAUUUGUAUCUUGUCAUACUGUUGGAGCUGCUGCCAUUUAUUCAUAUUUCCAUUUUAUCCCUGAAGACUCUGCAGGAGGAGAAGGAACGGAAAUCUGAAUGCCUUCCACCAGAGCCGCAUCCUGAUGACCCAGAAAGUGUCAAGAUCGUCUUCAAAAUGCCCAAUGACUCCAGGGUGGAGAGGCGAUUCCAUUUUACACAGUCUUUAGCAGUAAGGAUGGGGCCAAAUUUUGUGGCUGAGAAUUAUUUGAGAAGCAGAAAUUGAGCUCUGAAUCUGCUUUAGCAGCUGGCGAUUCAUACAGAUAAAGGGGAGACGCAGUAUGCAGAACUGAAGGAAUGGUGGAGCUGGGCAAUGCAGUAAUAUCCUUACCGUUUUUGCAAAGCUUCUUAUCUUAACCAAUGGUCUACCCUUAAAGAAAUACACCCUGGUUGACUCACUUUGCUUUCUAAUUUAUUAGGGAUUCUACUCUGGAUCUCCUACAUGGAGACUAGGCUCUCUCUCUGUUGCAUCAUGCAGGCCCUUAGGAAGGAGUGGGUUGAACCCAGAGUGUCCCUUCCAUGAAUAUAAGGACUCCUUCAAUUCACGCAAGACACUCAGAUCCAAUGGAGGCUCCUGCUGGAGGAAAGAGGGUGGAGAUAUUUCUAGUUACCCCUUCCCCCUGUAGGCUCCAGCACCUCUCACACUGUUCAUUUCCUCCACAUUACCUUCAGCAUGAGUGUUCCAUGAAAAGUUCUGCUCUUAUGAACAGUGGAUAUAUGAGGAAACUUACUGCUCAAGUAACAUUUUAUACAAAUUAGGUACGUUGUGAUUGCAUGGAGGCCCCCCUCUAAGAUGAUCAUGAAAAAAUGGUCAUCUUACUGGGUAUUCUUUCCAUAAACACAGAAGAGUGUUGCAGUGUGAGGAUCUGCUUUCUGCUCUCAGUUGCAAGGCAUUCAGUCAUUUGGUGAAUAACUGUCUGCUACCUCCUUAGGUGAUCCAUGACUUCCUAUUCUCUUUGAAAGAGAGCCCGGAGAAGUUCCAGAUUGAGGCCAACUUCCCUCGCCGUGUCCUGCCCUGCCUUCCGACAGAGGAGUGGCCCAACCCACCCACGCUGCAAGAAGCUGGACUCAGCCACACGGAAGUUCUCUUUGUGCAGGACCUCACGGACGAUUGACAUUUUCCCAAAAUACAGAGAUGGAAAGAGAAAUUCCUACUAUAAUACAAUAUUUUUUUUAAAAGACUGCUGCGUACACAUGAGGGAUCAGAGACUCUGUGGCCUAGGCCAGCCACGCCGUAUGUCUGCACUGGCGGGAGAAACUGCACACUCACGCACACGCAACCCCUUUUACAUCCAGAGGGCCAAUGGGAGGGGCCACGGUUUGCCCUCCCGAGAGAGGGGGAGAAACGGCAGCUCUUGGUAAAUAUUGCUUUUAUUGGAAAUAAUAUACCCCAACAUUCUGACAUUAGAACACCCGACGUUUUGCUGCUUGUGACAGCUAAAGGACACCGUACCUGUCGGCCAGGUUGUCUUCUGCCCAGGUAGGGGAGGGACGGGCAGAGGGUCUUUUUUUCCCUUCCAGCUUCUCACUCUGUAUAAAUCUCUUAAAUAUUUCUUUUGCUUUGUAAUGACCAAAGGAGAACGGGAGUAACAGUGGUUUUUGGUUUAUUUUUUUGUUUUAUAAGGAGCUGGUUGACAUUCUUAACCACAGGGGUUCUUCUCCAGGGUUGUUAGCCUGCGUAGUGUAAUAAACUCUGCCUCUAGUGUGCCUGUGCUAACACCUCUGACUGUCAAGUGUCUUACUGGCCCAGAUGAUGGCCUGACCUAACCUGUGCGCACACAGCUUUAGUAGCGAAAUUCCCUUGGGUCAUGUUGCAGCAGCAAUCAAGACUUGAUACUGCCUUCCGCACAGCAUCUUAGGCUUGCAUUGGCUCACUCUGGAGGAGUAUUUGUGACUGUGCCAGUGAGGGAUAUGUCUCUUGCAAUAGCCACAUGAGGUAACUGCAGCAGUGACGGGAAGGCAGACACAAAAGUUGAGCUAACUUAAAGGACUGCAGACAUUUUUGUUGAGCCAGGGUUGUCAUUUUGUCAGUGUUAAUGGGGAUGGUAUCUGCCUGCCUUGAGGACACUGCAAGUGUUAAAGGAUGAGCUGUGUGUUGCAGCUAGAGCCCGCAGAGCUCUGAAAGGCAGCCUGCAGAUUUUACAGAUGCAGGCCCCUCUUAAUAACUGUAGCUGUUGCCUGUAUUAAGGCAGAUUCAGUCUUGUUGCCCUUUAGUGCAGUGGGAUGUUCAUGCGGUCAGGAAAGCUGCCUUCUGAAGUCUUUCCAGCUAACAAGGAGUCUCUCAGUUGUGUAAUUUUCUUAGGCAUAUGGAAGUUAAGAGCAAAGACUUUCUCAUGGAACUGGCUGGGCUCUUUUCUAUUUCCUUGUGAUGGAGGAGCCUCCACUUGCUACUGUAUAUACUGCAGAAAAUAUUGCCUCCUGCGAAUGAGCAUCAUUUGGAAUCUGAGCUGGACUCAUGAAAUACAGUAUUACUCUUAUUUGCC